AUGUCGCACAAUUCCACCGCCAGCAACAGUCCGGAUGCUCUCAAAGACGACUGGACCUCAGUCACCGAUCCAAGCGAACGCGAAAGAUUCAAAAUCGUAUCGCGCAGCGGAAGUUUCCUGAUAAAUCCUAUGGCGAUAGGAGAAAAGGUUCGAAAACAACGAGAGAACACGGAGCGGCAGACAGACAACGCCCGAUACGCUGCAGAGACCUACACACCUCCGGAACCCGACCAGAUCGACGGAACAUACGACAGCGGACCCCCAUGGGGCAGCAUAUCUCUGCAAUACAUAUUCUCAAUCGGUCGCAUGCGGGAGCAAUCGCAGAAAUCAAGCGAUGCUUCGAUGUACAACUCGGCAGCAGUAUCGGAGGCAGGCGGAGAUUGGGAUUACACCUCGCCGACAGGUACGCUCGAGGCAGCCCCGUUGUAUGGACCGCUCGGCGGACGUGAUCAGAUGGUCUUGCGAGUGCUGGAGGCCUGCUGGACAGGCAGCUAUGAGAGUGCGUGGCAUGGGUACAUGUCUCCGAUUCCCACGACAUGGGUAUCUGAAGUGAUUGCUACAACAUGGGUAGACGACUCGACCUCAGCAACACGGUCAUAUGACUCGAUUACAACAACUCGAGCGGCAUGCUGGACAUGA